GAUGAAUUGGAAAUGACAACAGUAUGUCAUCGACCAGAAGGAUUAGAACAACUUGAGGCACAAACCAAUUUCACAAAGAAGGAACUUCAAGUGCUUUACAGAGGAUUCAAAAAUGAAGUUUCUCUUUAAUUCCAGGAAUGCCCUAGUGGAGCUGUUAAUGAAGAAACAUUCAAACAGAUCUAUGCACAGUUUUUCCCUCAUGGUGAUGCUAGUAUGUAUGCCCAUUAUCUUUUUAAUGCAUUUGAUACAGCGCAAAAUGGAUCUGUGAAGUUUGAGGAUUUUGUGAUGGCGCUCUCCAUUCUUUUGAGAGGAACAGUUCAUGAAAAACUACGAUGGACAUUUAAUCUCUAUGACAUAAAUAAAGAUGGCUAUAUAAACAAGGAGGAAAUGAUGGACAUAGUAAAAGCAAUUUAUGACAUGAUGGGCAAGUAUACUUACCCAGUGCUGAAGGAAGAUGCUCCAAGACAACAUGUAGAAGUAUUUUUCCAGAAAAUGGACAAAAACAAAGACGGCAUUGUAACUUUGGAUGAGUUUAUUGAGUCAUGUCAGGAGGAUGACAAUAUCAUGAGAUCCUUACAACUUUUUGAAAAUGUCAUGUAA